AUGUGGAAACGUAACAUUACUCGACUUUCUACCUUCCGAACUCACGGCAUUCCACCUUGCACCCGAUGUCUCCGUUUACUUCCCUUUCCCUCAUCCCCAUCUCUUCUUCCCUCUCCCAUUCCAUCCUUACGAUACGUAUCUACCAACCCUCGUGAGUCUGAUCGUCCGAGUACGUCCACCUCCAACAAUUCUCAACUCACCCCAACGAGUCAACCCAAACCCAAGUCCAAACCUCCUUCUCACAAACCACCCAAAAGACGACUCGAAGCUGCCUCUCAACCUCUGCGAAAUGCCCCUUCACAUACCCGAGGCCCGGUAUUACAAUGUAUAGCACAUACGACUGCUGAAAGAUAUGACCUCGUCUCUCUCGGUCUCACCCUACGAUCAUUAGGUGUGAGAUGGGAUGAAGUGCCCGAGGGGGAUAGAGAGAGGGCUGUCGUUAUUGGUCCUUGGAAAGGUCGAGGAGGGGCAGAAAGAUUAAUCUCAGGAAAAGACGUCAGGGGAAGUAAGAACACAUCAACUUUUCUGAAAGAGAAAAGGAUGGAAUUGGAAGAAGAGCAAGAGGAGGAAAGAGAUUUUGGUUUCGAAUAUGGGGAAAGAGGAGAGAUUUGGGUUUUUGGUUCUGGUAGUUUUGUCACUUGGGGUUUGACAGAAGAGGAGGGUAGGGCGUUUUUGAGAGAGGUGAUUAGACGGAAAGGGUCAGGAGUUGAAGUGGAUAGAUUAGAAGCGAAGGAAUAUGAAGUGGAAGAGGUUGAUUUCGUUGUGGAUCCUACUGCAACAACCCACAUAAUGGGCAACUUGAUCCUUCUUGGUCGACCACCAGUCCUCUCCACAUUUCCCCCGUCACCUUCCCUCUCCUCUCUACUUGCCCGAUACACACUCUCCCUAUCUCUCUCGCGCUCUUCUUCAUUGUCUGUACUGGAGGACAGACUCGAUACCCACAUAGCGAGCGUCUCGACUCUGCCACGCGCGCUAUCUGUCUCGGGUGCUCAGCCUCUGAGACGAAGAGAGGUGAUUAGGAAACUGGGAGAGUUGAUGACACUUCGGAUGGCUGUCAAUACUCGUGGUGGAGGGUUGGAGGAGACCCCGGAAUUUUAUUGGUCAGAACCCGAGCUAGAAGCCUACUUUGACUCGAUCGCUUCCGAAUUUGAGAUAAAAGAACGUAUAGACGCGAUCAAUAAAAAGAUAGAUUAUGCUCAAGAAGUACAAUCAACACUGCGAGCUUUACUUACCGAAGCGUCGGCACAUAGGAUGGAAGUAAUCAUUAUUCUUCUUAUCGCUGUGGAAGUUGUCAUUGUCUUGAUUCGUGAAGGUCCCGAAUUAUCACAUAAUAUCCUUCAACCCAUACUCCAGUCGAUAAAUAACUGGCGGUUCGGUUCUACCGAAGUUCAGUCGGAGAUUUCCCCAAACUCGAUACAAAUGGAUAGAGGAGAUUAUAGAGACACAUCAUUAUCGUUGUCUCCUCCUGUGGGAUCUGAUCAUACUCGGCUGGUUUGACGCUUCGUACUUUCUUUCCUCGUCGUACGGAUCUAAGUGGUUUCAGAAGUCUAAUAUGUCAUGCAAACACUCUUCA